CCGACUCUCAUCAUGGGUCUGCUACUAUCUCUCCCUUUGGCGGGGACGCUGGGUAGCAUAGCUACAUCGUGUCUGGCGGGCCUGGCGUUCUGCUUCACGUCGACUGCAGCCUCCAUGUUCUUCAAGUCAUGUAACUGCAAUUCCUCAAUAGCGACCCGCGUCGGAUAUGCUUUUAUCUUCUGUCUGAACUCCAUGCUGGCGUGGGUCAUGAAGAGCAAAGCCGCUAUACAUCUCAUCGAGAAAUGGAGUUACGACUACAUCAAGAUGGACUGCGAGGACGGAAGAUGCUAUGGUGUACUCGCAGUUCACCGCAUAUGCUUCGCGCUCUCCCUCCUCCACUUCAUUCUCAGCUUGUCCCUCAUCGGCGUCCGUGACACGGGAGACAAGCGGGCUGCCCUUCAGAAUGGGUGGUGGGGACCCAAAGUGCUCGCCUGGCUAGUCUUGGUCGUCGUUUCCUUCUUCAUCCCCAACGGCUUCUUCAUGGUCUGGGGCAACUACAUCUCUAUGAUUGGCGCGACGGUCUUUAUUCUCCUCGGUCUCGUCCUCCUCGUCGACUUCGCGCACUCCUGGUCCGAGACCUGCCUCGAGAACUGGGAGAACUCGCCCACCUCAUCCAACAUGUGGCAGUGGAUCCUCAUCGGCUCGACCGCGGCCAUGUAUGUCUUCACGAUCACCAUGACCGUCCUCCUCUACGUCUUCUUUGCUGGCGACGGGUGCGGCCUCAAUCGCUUCUUCAUCACCUUCAACCUCAUCCUCACGCUCAUCAUCACGAUUGCGUGCGUGCACCCGGUCGUGCAGGAGUACAACCCGCGCUCGGGGCUCGCGCAGGCGGGCAUGGUCGCCGCGUACUGCACGUACCUCAUCGUGAGCGCAAUCAGCAAUCACACGCACGAGAGCGCGGCGUGCAACCCGCUGCGCCACGGCAGCGGGGCGGCGACGCGCACGACAACGACGAUCAUCGGCGCAGUGUUCACCUUCCUGGCGAUCGCGUACUCGACGACGCGGGCGGCGACGCAGAGCAAGGCGCUGGUGGGGAAGAACAAGCGGGGGGCGGUGGCGCUGCCGGACGACGAGCACCACGCGGAGCUGGGCGUGGUGAAUACGCAGCCGAGCCGGACGGAGAGCCCGAGGUAUCAGGCGCUGCUGGCGGCGGUGGAGGCGGGUGCGAUCCCGGCAUCUGCGCUGAACGAAGAGGAAGAAGACGAGGAGGAAGAAGAGCUGGGCGAAACGCGGGACGACGAGCGUUCGGGGACGCGGUACAAUUACGCCUGGUUCCACAUCAUCUUCGCCAUCGCGGCGAUGUACGUCGCGAUGCUGCUGACUGACUGGAACGUCGUGUCCAAGCAGCCACAGCCGGGCGACGACGAUCCGGACUCGGACGUGUACAUCGGCCGCUCGGAGGUGGCGAUGUGGAUGCGCGUCGUGUCGAGCUGGGUGUGCAUCGUGCUGUAUAUGUGGAGCUUGCUGGCGCCGGUGCUUAUGCCGGAUAGGUUCGGCGAUAUCUAAGGACGAUGUUAUAUAUUGUUUUGUGUGGAUAUGAUCUAUGGACUUUGUAUUCUUUCGCGCUCUUCCUUGUCGACUUCCGUGACUGCUGAAUCAUGCGCCAUAUACACACCUCGCAGGUGCGAUACCAAUGCGGUUCUCCCGAGGUCGCGAAUCCUUGUAUGCUCCUGCGAUGGAGUCGCCAGCUGGCUGUGCGCCGAUCACGUCGACCAAUGACCUUCGCUCCAUUUACAGGCUUACCCUGCGUCAUCUGCGAAUCCUGCGUACAUUUUUCGGAGAAGCA